UCCGUCUUUAGCGCGGCUAUUGAAAUUUUGAAACUUCUGUACGUUAUUAGGUAGCCAGUUGUCUAGAACCCUUUCAACGUAGUGAAUGGUCGAAUUCAUGGUUGAUGUCGGACAAGAAUUACAUCCUACAAUUAAACCGUCGACACCAACGAGUGGAAAAAGAAAAUCUUCUAGUCGUUUGAGUUUGUUUCAUUCGACUGCUAGGAAAUCACGAGCAUCUGCUGGUGACUUAAAUUUACCAACCCCUAAUUGUGCUGUUGCCUCGUUAGCUGAUGGAUCUUCUCCAGACUUACAAGAUACACCGUUGCGUGCUAAAUUAGAAAAAAGACAGCAUCGUAUCUUCGAGUUCUUUGUGACAGAACGAAACUAUGUUGAAAUAUUACGUUAUUUAUGCUUAAGUGCUUAUUCGCAAGUUAUUGACGAAAAUCAACCAGGAGGGCCUGUCUUGCCUCGAAAGGAAGCUGACUUUGUGUUUGGUAAACUUGGUGCUAUCUAUGAACUACAUGAUCGAUUACAACCUCAGUUCAAUGAGCUGGAAAAUAAUUGGUCAUUGUCUGAAAGUUGUCUUGGAAAAGUACUUCAGCUAAGUUUAUUGACUGAAAUGGACAGAGCAUAUGGGAAUUAUAUGCAAUUUUAUAGUCCACCACAUUUACAUCACCUCGGUGAACAAUUUCCUCGCUUUCAUGCUUUUAUGCGUCAAGUUGAAAAACGUAAAGAAUCUGGUCGUCAAAGUUUAGCGGCUUUACUAGUUCGCCCGGUUCAACGGCUUCCUUCUAUCUCACUUUUAAUGGAUGGUAUAGCGAAAUUCACGCCUCAGUCACAUCCAGAUUACAACGCAGUCAAAGAGUUCGCUAAGGGAAUUAAUGAGCUGCUGGCUAAAAUAAAUGAUAGAUUACGGAAAAAUGAAGAACGUCUUUCUUUGCUAUCUUUAUAUCAUGAAAUUAGUGGUGCCCCGCCUGAGAUGUUAUCUUCCUCCCGAAGUCUCGUGGCAAAACUUAACGUUUUUGAAUUGGGAGUAAGCGCUUCUGGAAACACAACUUGUGAACCUGUGACGCUUUUCUUAUUGUCUGAUAGUUUGGAGGUAGCUCGUCCUCGUAAACGAUUUACUGGUGAACCUCUUGCACAUGCUAUUCGAGCCGCAUUAGCUGCAGUACAAGGUGAUGGAACCGAACACAACUUCGACGGUAAUCAUGAUCAAACUUCAGUUAAUACUGGCGAUUCUUCGUCGAAUCCAUCCACAAAUAAUACUUCAAAUGGAGUUUCUGUUUCUCGGACUGGUUCGGGUGCAUCUGGGACGAGUGUUGUAAACCUUGGUCUUAUGGAAGGCAAACAGAGAUGCUGUUAUAAACACCUACAGUUGUUAAAAUUACAGGAAAUAAAGCAAGUAGUCAAUUUCGAUACUGCCUCUCCAGAUAGAGCUGCUUUCGGUCUAGUUGUACGUUCCAGUUCGGAGGUUGAUGAUCGUGUUCAUGCUUAUUGCUUGGCUGCCAGUUUUGCAGCUUCAGCGGCAGUCGUCAGUGGAAAGUGUCCAGAACCUGUUGAGUCAGCAGUUGCAGCGGCUACAGCAUCCGGACAGAUUUCUAAUCCAGUCAGUAUUGAUACCUCUUUAAAUAUUAAUGCUUCUAAUUCAAGUUCGUCACAUGUAGCAAUGCUACAGGCAUGUGUUGGUGAAGCCAAACGUGUUUUUCUUCACAGAUUGUGCCAUCAUAUUUGUCUUGUUUCGUGUAUUACAAAGAGCCCAGAAGAAAUACUAGUAGAUGUCGAACCAGAAGAACUCCUUGGUUUUGACUUAGAACAGGUUUUCAACGCAACUGCUUUGGCCUUGUCUUCGAAAAGAAUUACGCGGCAGCUAACUCGCAACAUAUCCAUAAAGACCCCUCGUCGCCUAGCAGCUUCUGCCAAACGUCAAUUCGGAUCACAGCCUCCACAACCUCCGAGCACCCCAACUUCUCAUCGGUUACAAGUUCCCAUUGAGAUAGAUGAAAGUCAAACAACAGACAUGUACCUUAUACCAAGUCCGCGACGUUCGAUGCUUGGAUCAUUUCUGGGGUCUUCUUGUACAUCAUUGAGCACUUUUCUAAAUACAGCUUUGCGAACUAAUAAUAAUCUAAAUAAUAUCAAUCAUGGAAAUUCCGCGCUUAAUCGUGCUAUGCUUCCUCCUAGUCGUUUAGCUAUGACGCCCAAACCGAUUCGACGUCUUCUACCUCGUUCGUCCAGACAAAAUUCAUUUGAUGAUCUUGAUUUAAAUGAUGACGAUGUUCCUUUUCCGCAACUUGGAAGUUCGCUUCUUAGUCUAACAAGUCUAGACAGUCUCUCUACGUUAGAUAAUCCUGUUCAUCGAGUUGAUGUAAUUUCUAACCGCAACACUCCAAAUCUUAAGUGUCGCGCUGGUAGUGCUGUUUGGGAAUCAGCAAGCCAUCUUGGAUUCAGUACAUCAGAUGAUGUUUGCCACUCAUUCAGAUCACCAUCUGGCUCGUUUCUUGGCGGCUUUGACGAAGGUUGCUCUAGAAAACAUGGUAAAAAGCAGAAAAAACCGAAACUUCGAGCUGUAAGCCAAAUGUUUCAGCGAUCUUCAAUUACGACCAAAACAAAAGAAUCAAAGAAAAUGGGCUCUGACAAAAUUAACACUGAGUUAAAUCCUCAAAAUUCUCUACCUAGUUCUCGCCGUGACAGUUUAUUUCGUGGUCUGUUUUUCAGAAAAAAUUAAUUUUUUUAUUCUGACGUUAAUAUUCUUGGCUUGUUUGACCGAAUGCAUUUGCUUACUUGUAUAAAGUUUCAAGACAAUUAUAUUACUCAUUAUUUGUAUUUUACUAUUUAGAGAUAUGUAUGAUUAAUUAAAAUGCUUUAUUCUUCG